AUGGCCCCAUCCGACAGCUUCAAAUUGGUCGUUGUCAUCUUGUGUUCAUCACUCACGAGUGGGCAUUUGGAGAGAGAGCACUUGCCUAAGAUUCUGCCCUCAGAGAAUCCCAUCAUUCUUCAUCAGGAUGAUUUAUUAAUCCUCAUAUGCAGAGGUCAUGGCUCGCUGCACUGGACACUUGCCGAUCCCCGACGAUCCGUUUCAUCAGAGGGGGUGAAGGUGGAGCGGUGUGAUUCCGGACAUCACUCUCACUCAUACUGCAGCAAACUGACAGUCACACACUUGAGUGCCAAUGACACAGGGAGUUACAGCUGCAAAUACUUCAGUUAUGGUUCAGAACGCAUCAGCUCGACCUAUGUCUAUGUCAAAGAUCCCAAGCAACCUUUUGUGGAGCCAUAUUAUCAGACACCUUACAUCCUGGGCAUCUACAGGCAUGAGACUAGCCUCACAAUCCCCUGCCGGACGUCCUCUCCCGAUAUUGUUGUAACCCUGACAGGGCUCCCGCCUUUAUCAGACAAGAUUGCUAAGGAAAAGGUAUGGGAUCCAAAGGUGGGAUUCAAGAUUCCAUAUGGUCCCUACACUAUGUACAGUACACUCACCUGUAGCACCAUUGUCAACGGUAGUGAGUUCACGUCAAUGUACAUCCCUAAGAGACAGACUCUUGUUCUUAAUAAUGUCAAAAUCACCCCAAACCAUGUCAGACUGUUGGUUGGCGACACCCUCGUCCUCAACUGCACUGGUGAGACCACCUAUAAUGGAAGAAUAAACUUCACAUGGGAUUUUCCCAGGAAGAGAGAAAAUCGACAUUAUACAAACAAAACCAAAGACAAACCCGCUAGGGUCCUUGUGAUGAGCAAGGCUUUAGUGUUGCCAAACAUUACCAUAGAGGAUAAGGGGGUGUACCGCUGCAAAGCUGAGAUUGAACCCACGAAACACAAGAAUGCCACAGCAAAAGUCCAUGUCUAUGAGCAUCCAUUCCUCAAUGUCUCCUAUAGGCAUGACCGGCCUAGUAAAGUGACCGUCAAAGAAGGUGAAAAAAAGCUUGUGUUUGAGCCCAAGGUAAACGCUCUGCCCCCACCAGACAUGUUAGCAUGGUUUAAGGAUGGGGUCCGUAUCGAGAAGAAUUCCACCUGUUACAAGAUCUCUGAUUUCAGAUUGAUCAUCGCAGAUGUGCAGCAGAAGCAUGCUGGGGUCUUCACCAUAAGCCUGGGCAACCAAGUGAAGGGCCUGUACAAGAAUCUGAGCUACACCCUGGUAGUUAAUGUGAAGCCAAUUAUUUCAGAGGAGGAGCUUGCCACUGUGGACGUGCAGCCCUACAUGUUUGGCAAACAGCAUCAGCUAACCUGCACUGCUUACGGGUUGCCCUUGCCAACCAUCACUUGGCACUGGCAGCCGUGUCACUCAAACCUUACGCUUAAAAAUAGCAUUGCUGACACUGAGCCAGUCCCGGUCAGCACUAAUGACAGGGGAAAUUACUCCCACAACUGGAUUAAGAGCAUAAGCUCCAAGCCUGAACUUGUUAAAGGAAAAAACAAGACUGUGAGUACACUGGUGAUUGGAGAGGCUAGCGUGUCAGGAAACUACUACUGUGUGGCCCAGAACGAGGAUGACCUCAGCAAAAUGAUGAUCCCUUUCUAUGUUGAUGAUGUACCCGAACAAAUUACCACUGAGCCUCGGACAGCCAUCGAGGGCGAUGAAGUCACUCUGACCUGUCGUGCCACUCGCUACCUCUACACAGACCUGCAGUGGUUGGAUUCCACAAAUCAAACAAUCACUUCCAACGUGUCCAGUCUCCAGCUCAGCCGCUACUCCAUUUCCCUUUCUCUCCAUCUGCAUAAUGUGUCCCAAAACAGCACUGCAGGGUACACGUGCCAAGCACGCAAGCUCCACAAGAGGGUUGAACUCAAGACCGCUGGACUUGUUGUGGAAGCAAGAAAACGUCCCUGGCUGAGUCAAAAUCUGACCAAUCGGGAUGUGAACAGUAGCAGCACCCUGAUUCUGGCUUGCUAUGCUCUGGGAGUUCCUCGUCCCUACAUCAAGUGGUACAAAAAUGAAGUUCCAGUAGAAGAAGGCCCAGGUAUCACACUGGGAGAGGACGGGGUUCUGACCAUCGAGAGGGUGAAGAAAGAUGACGAGGGUCUAUACGAGUGUAGAGCCAUCAAUGUUGAGGGCAUCGCGAAAACAAGUGCCGUUGUUACAGUGAUCGGGGAUGAAGGGAAGCCAAAUGUUGAGGUAAUAAUUCUGGUGUGUACGGGAGCUGCAGCCACUUUCCUCUGGCUCAUGCUUAUCCUCUUCAUCCGCAAGCUAAGGAAGCAACCAGCACACUAUAAGAUGGGUCCAUCUAUCAUCAUCGACCCUGAUGAGUGUCCUCUCGAGGAGCAGAAUGAUCUUCUUCAGUAUGACAGCAGUAAAUGGGAGUUUCCCCGUGACCGCCUGCGACUAGGCAAAACUCUUGGUCACGGAGCUUUUGGAAAAGUGGUGGAGGCUUCUGCCUUUGGGAUCGACAAGCUCUCAACCUGCAAGACUGUUGCUGUCAAAAUGCUGAAAGGAGGUGCUACCUCAAAUGAGCGGAAGGCCCUGAUGUCAGAGUUAAAGAUCCUGAUCCACAUUGGCCAUCACCUGAACGUGGUCAACCUGCUGGGAGCCUGCACGAAGCCGGGAGGACCAUUGAUGAUGAUAGUGGAGUUCUGCAAGUAUGGCAAUUUGUCCAACUAUUUGAGAAGCAAGAGAGAUGACUUUAUCGUCUACAAGAGCCAGGACGGUAAGGUGGUGUCGUCGGGAUCAUCCUGUGAGCUGAGCGAGCUGAUGAAGCGUCGCCUGGAGAGUGUGGCUAGCACCGGAAGCUCAGCCAGCUCUGGGUUCAUCGAAGAUAAGAGCUACUGCGACUCAGAGGAAGAGGAAGAAGAAUCUGAGGAUUUAUAUAAGAGAGUCCUGACAUUGGAAGAUUUAAUUUGCUACAGUUUCCAAGUGGCAAAAGGCAUGGAGUUCUUGGCUUCACGCAAGUGCAUCCAUCGUGAUCUGGCUGCACGAAACAUACUGCUCUCUGAGAAUAAUGUCGUGAAGAUUUGUGAUUUUGGACUUGCGCGAGACGUCUACAAAGACCCGGAUUAUGUGCGCAAAGGAGAUGCUAGACUUCCGCUCAAGUGGAUGGCACCAGAGGCCAUUUUUGACAAGAUCUACACAACUCAGAGUGACGUCUGGUCUUUUGGUGUUCUCAUGUGGGAGAUCUUCUCUCUGGGUGCCUCCCCAUACCCUGGUGUGCAAAUUGACGAAGAAUUUUGCUGCAGGCUGAAAGAGGGGACAAGGAUGAGAGCGCCAGAAUACUCUUCCUCUGAAAUAUAUCAGACCAUGUUGGACUGCUGGCACGGGGAGGCACAGGAGCGACCUACCUUCACUGAGCUGGUGGAAAGGCUGGGAGACCUGCUUCAGGCCAGUGUGCAGCAGGAGGGGAAGCACUACAUACCCAUCAACACAGCCCUGCUGGCCAAGGUGGGAGACCCGUCCACCGCAGUGCCGUCAGAGGAGACCCCCACACGACCCAUGUCCCACUGCGAGUCAGGGAGCACCUGGAACAUCAAGGUCCGCCCUGCUAGUGUGAAAACCUUUGACGAGGUUACCAUGGAGAACGGGACAAAUGAGAACCACGGGGGCGGCCAGUCAGACAGCGGGAUGGGCCUCUCAUCUGACAACAUGAAGACGCUGAAGCGCCUCGAAUCGUUGGCAGGUCGACCUUUGAGCAUCAUGGCUCUAGCGAUGAAGGCCGUGAGUAAGAGUAAAGAGUCUGUGCUGUGUGACACAGAGAAGGAGAAGUACGCCCCCACAGUUCCCUCCCUGGACUUCAGCCUGGACGACUCGGCCCUGGACGACUCUGCCCUGGACGCUGGCCUGGAGUGUCACAGCCCACCACCUGACUACAACUCUGUGGUGCGCUACUCCACCCCGCCUGUGUAACCUCCUGCUCUACCCCCGGAGAAUCUGACUUGGCAGCCUCAAGGCCUUUGCUUUGUUCUCCUCUGUUUUGACUCUGAUCUCUGGACUGUUCUGUAGCAACGUUUGCGAGGAAAACCCAUGAGAUUCCCUCUUAAAGUGUUUAGAAAGGACGAUCUGAAAUGACUCAUGAAUCUACUCGACUGUAACUUCUGCAUCUUCCAACUUCCAGGGCGUCUGCUGUGCAACAAAAGAAAAACCUGUAGACUGUUGAUUCCUCUCCAGUUUUCAGACAUAGGCUGACGUUUAUGCUGCUGGUCCGUUCCACAUUCACUGUGAUAUGUCAAACAGCUGAAAACAGGCUCAGGUAUUUCUUUCAUCUACUGUGAAAACAAACCACAAUGAUUCCAAACUACAACCUUUUAUGGUGAAGAAUAACACCGACAAAAGAAAGGAGAGAGGAUAGCAGAGGCUUUUCCAGUUUAUACUGAGAUUAUUUUAUAUUUUUUUUCAAAAAUUUAAAACUGGAAAAUUAUAUGUUGAUAAAGAUAAAGAGAAGCUCUUUGUUUGGUGUAGCUACUUUUGUCCAUAAGAAAGUUUGCGAAAGUUCAGUUUUGCUCAAAGCAAAAGGCAGAAGAAAAACAAAAUACGUUUAAUUAUAAAUUAUUAUUUGAGGUCUCAUUGCUCCUGUAUUUCCAUAAAAAUACCAGCUCAAUUAACUCAGGUUGCCCCAGAGUGACAGAGGAGAGGAGAGGUCUGUCAUGUUGUGGUGGUUGUUUUUUAAGUUCUCCAGGUUAUGGAAAAUCCCAGGUUAAUGGAGGAAACAGAGGAAAGCUGAGAGUAAGACCAGACGGCUUUGGAUUUAACAUUACAGCUCGACCAUGAAAACAUUUAAAUGAAGAUUUACUGUUUACUCAGAUUCCUCCUGCCCCAAAUCUAUUGAAGAAACUCCAUUUUUUGUUGGGUUACCCUAAAAAGAAAGCAAUGGAGUUAGAAACGUAAGGUUAGAACAAGACUUUAUUUGUUUAUUCAGAAAGCACUAGUAAAAUAAAUUGUGUAUUUAUUUAGAUUGUAAACACUAUCACUUAGAUUCAGAUUUAAAAGUUAACCAAAGGAUUUUCCAGCUCUGUCUUCCUCAUAUCAACAUGUAAUACUCAGUUGUUUAACUCCACAUUUAAAAGCUGUUUGUGCUGCUGUAUUCACUGAUAGUAAAGCUGAGGGAAUCUGCUUCUGUAGAAACAUGUAUGUGGGUAUUUCCGUCCUUCGUCUUGUGCUAAGUGUUGGUAAAGCUUGCAGGGCAGGCUACAAAAACUCUACAUGUGUGUGAAGUUAGCAUCAGUCUGCUCUGUUUCACUGUUAUAUUAUUUGUUGACAUGUAAAAUCUCCUUGUUUUAAUAGCAUUUCACGCAGUUUAAAUGUGAUACAGGAUGUAUUGAACGUACUGUGGACCAAACCUUCAUUCGUGCUCACGUGUUACAGUACACAAGCGCUGUAGAAAUGCAGCUGGUUUGUGCUUAUUGAAGACUUAAAAAAAAAACAGUAUUUGUCAGUGAGUAAACUACAGUGUAAAGUGGAUAUUUUGAACCCCAAAUGAUGUUUUAUUUGUGGACCAAUUUGUUUUGUUUAUGUGGAGAGGAAGUGAUUAUGCACUGAUACUUUAUAUCAAGUAUAAUUUUUGUAUUCUAAAGGUAUAUUAUUAUGAAACAGUGUUGAGGGUUACAAAGAUUUCUGAUUUUAUUUUGCGUUUUUAUUUAACUCUUAACUCUAGUACAUAGUAGGGGAUUAAUGUUUGCAGUAUUUGUUGUAUUAUUUCUUGCCAUCCUAACAUCAUCAUGCUCACUUUUUAUAAUCCUGUCUUAAAUUUUGGUUGGAUUAUUUUAGUUACUGCGAUCACAAUAGUAAUCAAAGAUUUCAACCUCAGUGUUAAAGAAAAAAUAUUGGUGUUUGCCUUUUAUUGCAUUUCUUCGUACAUCACCGUGAUUAAUAAUUUUUGCAGCAGCUCAAACCAUCCUCCUAGCCUUUUAUGUUUUCUUCAUGUAUUGUAGCAAGUUAGUUUUAAUGGAAGUAAUGUUCCUUGACACUGUUAACUGAGCAUAUGAAGUAAAUAAAUGAAUAAAGAUCUAUAUAUUUAUACAUUACUUAGAGUCUCGACUCAUAAUCGCUUUGAAUACUUACAUGAGGAAAACAUAUUUAUUUUUAUCGGGCACUACACUGCAGCUUUGCUCUAAGAGUUUUGAACAGACACUCAUGUUUGCCAGAGGAUGAAUCCCAAUGACCUUGAUGAUCCACUUACUUUGCCCGUAGCACCUCCAUGACCCCAACAUCUAGCUAUUGGACGGAUUACGUGGACUCCCUGGCUUUCCACCUGGCUCCAUCAUCAGGCCAAAAACUACAUUUGUCCAAUACUUUGGUUUAUCUCUAACAGUUUUACAGGAUUACAGCCUAACGAAGCCACAGGCGUGGCUCGGGACUCUUAGUCUUCUUACGAUAUUACCAUGUGUAGACAUAUUGCUUCAUUUAAUCAAAAGUAAUUUUGUUGACAACUACGAUUCAGCUAAAAACCUCGCAGAACUGGUCAUUUUCUGCGUGCUCUGGAUUUAUUUUGCUGAGAAACAAUAUGCUUCCAUGGCUUCACUCAAUAAGACAAAACAUUAUUUGUUCCGUGUUUUUUAAUCAAGCGAAGAGUCUUAUGCACAUCCUUUUCCUGAUAUUCUUCAGCCGGCAAACAAAAGUCAAAAUAAGUUUCUAUAUAACAGUGUGUUGCCAAUAAAAUAAAAAACCCACAGUAUGACUGAUGAAAGACUUGAAAUCUCUGAACUCUAACGCAAACCAAUUGUUCUCAACCUGUCUGGCUUUUGACUCUUGAAAGUAAAACGAUGUCAAAGAAAACCAAUGUCUACUUACAAUCCCUUAUUACAUGCUUGAAGUGG